AGCACAGCUCUGCAGCAGUACAAGACGCAGCAGCACUCCGCGGUAGCUGUGAGGAGAAGAUCACGACAGGAGUGGAAUAUCAAGCCGGAGAACAAGGUCAAGGACCACCAAAUAAAUCCUCUUCUACCCCACGAAACAAGGCCGAUGUCGUACCGAAUCCCGUUAAUAUUUUCACGCCGCGUCUGGAGCUUUUGAAGUCUUCACCGGUACUGCGGUUCUACGGGUACUUUUUGGAGGCGGUACACAUGGGCACGAUCGAAAACUGCCGUGUGAGAAAGCUCACGCUGCUCUACUACACCGCCGACGACACCAUCGCAUUGCUGGAACCCCGGGAAACCAACUCCGGGUUGGUGCAGGGCGAUUUCCUUAGACGGCAGCAAACCUUUGCGCAACGGGGAGGUACUUUCACAUAGGCGGAUGAUUGUAGCAGGCAUGAUGAAUGAUUCAUGAUGAUGAUGAAGAUAAUGAAAAGUCUGGUGCUCAUGAUGAGGAAUGAUGAUGUAUGAGCAUGAGGUUCUUUUACCUUUCAAUGCAUGAUUUUGGCACAGCAUGCCUUAUGAAAAUAAGGUCGCCGGGUGCUUCUCUCCGAUCUUGCUCUUGGCAAAACGGUUCAAAUUUUUGGACGCUCCAUUCGAUUGGUGGAGUGCGACGAAGCGACCAGAACAUUUUUCCAGGAGAACCGGAAACCGCUCGGUGAAAAGGAAACCUACCCGGAGAGUGUAUGGGACGGGAAUUUUGUUCGUAUUGUGCAAGAUUCAGUUGAUGCAUAGUGCAAUAGACAAGGCUGGCGUUGCUCUGGCUUUAAUGCUAACGUUCUUGUGGCGCAUUCCUUUGGGCGAUACUUGUUCUUGAUUCGCUCGUACUCGUUUUGCUUGGUUCUCUCGAAGUUUAGAGUGUGAGUUUGCAAGAACCUGUUGUCUGCCUUGCUGGUUGUAUAUCAAUUUGCUUCUGCAACGUUCCGUUUCUACUGUCCAUAUCGGCAAUUGAAGCUCUACGAGCAGAGGCGGGCAAAGAUGUACGAUUCAAGUCGAAAAAUCACUGAGGCUGCAGCGGGAUCAAGCACACCGAGAACGGUAUCUAUCUAUUUUCAUGUGAGGCCGCUACUUGUAGUAGUCUUUCAGUACUAGUACCACUCUGUUUGUGCUUCAUCGAAUGAUAUGUGGUGUGCAUGAUCUUCGAUGAAACUGAUGCUCAAAACAACCACGACAUCAGCUCCUACAAGACCUCGGAAGUACGCCGCGGAGCUCCUUUGGUCAGGAACCCGCGAAGAAGCCGGCAGUGCUGCGGUUUUUCUCUUUCAGAAACACCGGAAAAGGUGGAGCUGAGUUCUCAACCUUGACGGAAGAUGAGAAUAGCAAUAAGCGGACAGUAGAGAAAACUACUGGUGGAGCCAAACAAGAAAUAAAACCGACCACCUUGUUGUCGGAGGACACCACGACCUUGUCCCCAGCAGGCGCCCUCUAUUCCCUUCGGCAGUACUUCACGAUUCUGUUUCACACGGAAGAUUCUACGAUUGAGAUCAUGCGGCAGCCAACCGGAAACACGUACCCGGUAGGAAAAACCACGGCGGAGGGAAAGAGUCUCUACCACAGCCGCGCCGCGGUGCCGAGGAGUCAGUUGGCAAGCUCCGCACGGUGCAUGGUUACCCGCGUGGGGAUUGGUACUUACUUCUACCUUUUUACCUCGGAUUUGUGAAAUCCGAAUCGGGCUCCACAGUGCUUCAUCUGAGCUUUUUUGCUGCAGCGACGGCCUCCUUGCAUGACCACUCGCUCGGUUGUGGAUCAUGUCAACAAGAUAAGGUUGUACUAAGUUCUUACAGCGAGCAUUUCGCUCGGACCUUUUUCAGUCCAACUCAAAAACAAAAACAGCUCCGAGCCCUGGAGAACUUGUCCAAGCUGAAGAUCUGCAAACUGGGUCGAUAUGAGAAGAAGUGAAGCCUCUGAAAACUGGUGUCUCAUCGCGUAGAAUCAAUCUCGUAUGUCUGUGUAGCGCUACUGGGGAAACGAGCACAAAAUGCAUUUCGCUUUCAUCAGAGGACGAGCACCCGCAGCGUCCUUCUCGUGGUCUUCCGUGCGGACUCUGACUCAAGUUUCAAACACUAUACUUCACCUUUUCCAUAUUCUUCUGUUAUCCUUUACGGUGAAGAGUUUCAUCUGUAUGAUUGCGACGAGAAAACGAAAGACUGGUACCACGAGCGGCAGCUCAUCGGAGCGACACCGGCACCGAACGGGACCACAAUGAACGUCAAUGCUACAACCUCCAUCAUCGAGCAAAAAGAUUGCAAACACCUCUAUUUUCCGACCGGCGUGGACCCCGAGACUGGCGCGCAAGUCGUCUACACGAACUACGCCGUACCCUUGUCCUUCUGCCCCGCAACUGGGGAGCCAAAGUUGGCUUGUUCCAGCGAUUUCUCUUCUUCGGGGAUGAAUAACAACGGAACGUCGAGCAAGAUGAAGACCGGAGCAAAAAUGUUGUCCACUAGUACGACCACUUCGAACAAGAUGAAAGGCGCCCGGAUGGCCGCGUAUCGCAACGUGGUGCUGAGAUUUUCCGGAAAAUUAGUCGACGACGAUUUGGUAUGGGAGCGGGAACGAAAUAAUUACUACUUACAACAGCAUGCUGCGUUGGCACACGUGCUGUGUUCACAAGCUACAACAUGAAGAAGAUUUCAGCGCUUCUAAAGAAGGAAUAGGUAUCGCUAUCUAAUGAAAAGAGUAUGCUGGGCAUGACAAGGACAAGCGCACAAAAUCGCAUUGCAGACUCUUCCGCUGUUGUAAGUAAAAAUGAACUUUUCUUCCUCAUAACCCAAGCGCACUUUUGUGGUUGCCUUUUACCUCGCAGAUAACACCGUGUCCGUUUAUGAGCAGCGGCAAGAAAAUUCCGGAUUCACAGGCGGAAAUUUCAUUCAGCGCAUCGCGCUGCGGAACGUGGAAAAGAAUCGGAAGUAUUGGAGAAGUGGAAGUCUUUUUUUCUUUCUUUUUGUAUCUUUCUUUGUUUAUUGUUCACGUGAAAGAUGUAAAUGAUUAUCAAAAUCUUUCAGAAACAUUGCACUCACGAAAGAUAUUCCCUCUCACUGCAGUUUUCUCCCCAGCGAUUUCUUCGUCGGUGCGACCGUGAACCUGAUCGCGAAAAAGUUUUUCCUCUCGAAGGCGGACGAAUUCACCCUGCGCUUCAUGGAGCAGCACCCGAGGGUCUUUCCGAAGGCAGACUUGGUGGGGAACGGGAACUUGGAAAAAAUUUUGACGAAAUCUCGCGUGGAGGACUUUGAAACACCGCAUCAAUUGAAGCAGUAUUGUGCGUCCGAGCUGAACUUGACGGAUCUAUCGGACCAAGAAGUGCUGACGCUGGUAUAACGUUCUUGGAGUCGUGCUCAAAAAGAGCAUUUCGUUUUCAUUUAUGACAUCAUCAUCAUGUUGACUAUUUUCAUCGCGUGAAUGGAUACGAUAUCGAUAGCGUCGUCGCGCGAUUCCAAAUUUGCUCACCAAAACAACUUCCUCUCGCAUGCUUGCAGGUGCGCUUCAGUGGACCGGGUACGGAUGAGCAAGACGCGACGAUUCGGUUGGGCAAGGUCCGGGAAGCGAGGAAAGAGUUGAACAUCGUGGAAGACAAGAACGAGCACCUGCUGCUCGUGGCGUAG